AUGGGUGGACCUCCUCCCGCGUAUCCAGGAGGAAUGGGCGGUGCUCCCCCCGCUUACCCCGGAGGAAUGGCCGGUGGAAUGGCCCCCGGUUAUGCCGGAGGAAUGGGCGGCGCUCCUCCAGCGUAUCCCGGAGGAAUGGGUGGUGCUCCCCCUGCAUAUCCUGGAGGAAUGGCCGGUGGCAUGGCCCCGGGUUAUGCCGGAGGAAUGGGCGGCGCUCCUCCGGGCUAUCCGGGAGCUGGCAUGGGCGGUGCUUACCCCGGCGGCAUGGGCGGCGCCUACCCUGGGGCAGCCGGCGGCAUGGGCAUGGGCAUGGGCGCGGGAAUGGGCAUGGGCAUGUACGGCCAGAAGCAGAACAAGGGCAUGGGCAUCCUGCCCGUGCUGGGCGCGGCGGGCGCCGGCGCGCUGUUGGGCUACCAGGGCCACAAGAUGAUGCACGGCCUCACUCACCAUCACCACGACCACGACCGCAGCGGCGAGAUGGCGGGCGCCGACGGGGACGGCGAGACGGCGGACGGCGACGCCAACGCCAACGCGGACUCCGGCACGGCGUCGACGCUGCCCGUCGACGCGGCGGAGGCCGCCGCCGUCACCACCCUGGAGCCCGAGGCCAACCCUGCCGACCUCGCCCCCACCACCAGCUCCCCGCUCUUCACCUCGGAGCAAACGCCCGCCAUGAGCUCUUAG